CACGGUUGCGGCCGGCCUGACGCAAUUCAGUCCCAGCGAGAGAGCCGUAGCGCAACGCACUGUACGGACCACGGUGGUGCGUCUUUGCCGCCUAGCUUUGAAGGCCGCUUUUUUCCCCAUACUCGGUUCUCCGCACACGGCGAGCCGAUACCGACACCUGCGCGUUUGCCCUGGGCUUGAGACAUAGGUUGGCCUUUGACUCGCGACAAAGCAGUAAACAACGUACGCGGGCAAUUGCGCCAAACGACAAACUUACCCCAGAUGGUGAUGGACUCAUCGGUUCUAUCGUGCAACCGUUAGUGUGUGUGUGUGUAUAAUGUGCGUUUGACUAUAGUGAGGUGUCCGAAUAUGUGCGGCGUGGGAGUGUGUUAAACUUGUUCGCAAAAUGCCGGCACUCCGGGCGAAGGCGUCCGGCAUCCGUCUGUCUAAAUGGGACGCGCUCGUCCUAGUGUAAAUGUCUUCUUGGUGAUCCCUGCUCCGUAGUGUGACAAUAAUUGCAAAAUAAAAAUACACAAAAACAGGUGUACGUUGUGGCCGGGAAAAGGCUGCGUGCUGAAGAUCUAACCGCUCAUUUGCAAUUUCUGUGUUUGGUGCGAACCGGGCACCAUGCGUCCGGAAGUGUUGCUCGUGGCGAUCAUGACGGCAGUGUCGUUCGCGGCGGGCGAAGAGUUACGCUGCGAGCGUAUCGCGGUCGGCGCCUGUCAGAAUCUGGUGUACGAUAUGACGAUCGCGUCUGCGCCGGAAACGGCUCUGCAAUACCUGUCGUCCAGUGUGCCGGUGCCUGGCGGCGGUGUCAACUCGACGGCAGCCGGCUCCGUCCGGACGUGGCUCGACGCAGAACGACUGAUCACCUCCCUGAGGCCGGUAAUCGAUUCCGGCUGCUCGAAGCAGGCCCUGUUCCUGUUCUGCUCCUCGCUCUUCCCGCUCUGCUCGCCAACGGCCCCACGGCCGGUGCAUCCGUGCCGCUCGCUGUGCGAGCAGGUGCGCAAAGACUGCUUCAGCGAUCCGGCCCACAGCAAGCUCUGGCCGGCGUAUCUGGACUGCCGCGCCUUACCACAGCCCGAGAAGCACGAGCUGUGCAUGCAGGUGCCAUCGGACGCAACGGGCAGCAUCAAGCAGCGUGCAGGUCCCUCCGGCCCGACCUAUCAUCUACCGGUGGCGACGACCGGUGGUACUGCUGGUACACCAUCACCCACCACCACCCACGACAGUGUCGAGUCGGUCGUGAAGGGAUGGUCGAUCUCGAACCUUACCUCGCUGCUGCAGCAGCACGCGGCAGUGGCCGCCGCCGCCGCCGCAGCCGCCGCCACCGUCCCUGCCGGUGCUGGAGGAGUCGCUCACACGGUGAUCGGUGGUGGUGGUGGUAGUGGUGGUGUUGGAGCUGGCUCUUCGACAGCCACCGCCGGUGGGCAGCGCUUGGUGGACGGUGCAAGCUGGACCGAUCGGAUCAACUCGCUGCUGCUGCCGAAUGGUCCCCUCCCGGUGGACGGUGCGGGCGGCCCAGCGCCCCGCAGUCCCUGUCCCGCCAACUACAGCCUCGAGUACGACCGGUGUGUGCCGCGGUGCGGCCCCACGAUCGACGCCCUGUACAGCCAGCGGCAGAAGGAGCUGGUCGAGCUGUGGACGCUCGUCCUGUCCGCCGUCUGCUUCAUCUUCACGCUCACCUCGCUCGUCUCGUUCUGGGCGAAGGCGUCCAAGCUGGAGUACCCGGACCGGCCGAUCCUGUUCAUGACGCUCUGCUACAACCUGCUCGGCCUGUGCUACCUCGAGCGCACCAUCCUGCACAGCCCGCGCCGCCUGGAGGCGGCCGUCGAGCUGAUGCUGCUGGACGCGCCGGGCCACCACCCGUCGGCGGCGACCGCCACCCACCUGCGCUCCGACUGCACCAUCACCUCCCAGUGUCUGGCGUACUACAUCCUCAAGCACUAUCUGCUGCUGAGCGCCAGCACCUGGUGGCUCAUCUUCGGCCUCUGCUGGUACCUGAGCACCGCCAAGCAGUGGUCGUGCGAGGCGCUCGAGCGCAAGUCCGGCCUGUUUCACGUGCUCGCGUGGGUCGUCCCGUUUGCGGCCCCGAUCGGUGCCCUGCUGCGCGGCCACAUCCAGCGCUUCGAGCUGACCGGGUUCUGCAACGCGCGCGGCUUCACCGAGCUGCCCGUCCUGCUGCUGCUGCUGCUCGGCACCGCCCUGGUCAGCUGCGCGCUGGCCGCCCUCGCCCGGCUGCGCCACUGCUGGAACCAGCGGGCGCCCCAUCUCGGGCGCGUCUUCGGCCGCGUGCUCCUGUUUGCCGUCUGCUACCUGCUGCCCGCCCUGUCCGCCACCGUCUGCAUGAUGCUGGAGCGCGUCGACCACGAGCUGGAACCGUGCCCGGCGGGCGGCGAGCCCGGCGACGGCUGCGUCCACCGUGUGCAGCCCCACUUUUCCCUCCUGCCGACGGUGCUCCGGCUGGCGCUCACCUUGCUCGGGGGUGGAAGCGUCGGCGUGUGGCUCUGGUCCCGCCAGCCCUCCGACACCGAGCUGGGGCCGGGCGGGAAGAAGGGCCCCGCCCAGCCGGGCUGCUACAGUGCCGCGGCUGAUCUGAUGCUGCUGAAGGGCGGCGGCAAACCGCACCCCAGCGGUCCCCUGGAUGACUGCAGCAUGCUAGGCGGGGGCGGGGGCGCCAGCCGGCGUCUCGAGCACCGUGCGCUGGGGGAUGCGGGCGGGCCGACGGUUCGGCGCGAGGGCCGCUACAAGGACGCCGAUCGACGCCGCAGCUCGUCGCGCAGCCUCAGCGGUGCCGCCAGCCCGUAUCGCAGCCGGACGGUGGACAAGCCGAAGCCGAAAGCCGCCCAGAAGGUGUGCUACACCUACCGGCCGUGUGCGGGCGUGCUGGCCGAGCACGGGGUCGGGCUGGUGCGGGCGCCCGGCCCCGAGCCGGCCGGGCCGGUCGGGGCGAGCGAGCACGGGCAGCGGUCACCGUACGCGGGCGGCACCGUCUCGAGCGGGGGGUACGUGCCGGUGCGCGUCCACCGCAGCCUGCGCACCGUCCCGAUGUCCAUGAUCACGCGCAUCUGAAGCCAUGCCUGUUGUAUAUACCGAGGAGAAAGGAGAAGGUCGGCAACCGUCGGUCCUGUUUGUGAAAAGCUUUAACUAGUUUGUACGAUCCUCGGUUGCCCCGCAAAGGGUUUACCCACUGUGUGUGUGUGUGUGUGUGAAUAGGUGUUUAAAAUCUCGACUUACUUCGUAGCUGUAAGCGUACCGUUUUGUUUAGUGCUUAUUUAUCGUAAAAUUAGAUGCUCGUGAUUGUCGAUGUACUGACGAGCGGAAAAAGGGGGACGUGUGGACGCGUGCGUCAACGGAGACUGGGGGUGAUGACGCGUCUACUACACGCGCAGGAUUUUACUUGCGAUCUAAGAUGCAUGCGAGCAUGCGUGGUUAGGGUUAGGGAGUAGGAGAUUCAACUGUAACUGCGCAUCGGAAGGAUAAACCAGCCACCGUUGUUCAAGUCAAAUGUAGCAAAGUGUACAGUUUUAGUUUAGAUUAUGCAUUUCAUUAUUGUUCUUUUUUUUUAGUAAUUUACAACCAGUCGAUUUGUUGCAGAAUCUUGCCAUUUCGUUUCACACCUACAGCCCAAACCCAAACUGCUGUACAGAAAUUAUUUGACAAAAAAAAAAACAUGUUCGUUUUGGAACAGAACUGUCCCCCUCCGCACACUCGCGUGUAAGUUUAGUGUAAGAUGUUGUGCGGCAACGUCCAGAACGUACAGAAGGGUAGACUUUAGUUGCGGAUCUCUUGCAAAGAGAGUGCAUUUUUUUUAAACAUUAGCUACUGUUAAGCGAAAGGUAGGAUGGAUGUGUAGUAGCCCUAACAACAAGUCAGAGACUGAAUAAAUGAAUCCUUUUAGUAAACACAGA